CCACAUAUGACACCAUAAACCCUCUUUAAAAAUUAACCUCUCCUAUUAAAUUUAUUGAUACCCUCUUACCAAAAAUUCCUACCCUCACCAUGGCCACAACACUCACUCUUCUCCUGCACCUCCUUCUUCUACCUCUCGCCACAGCUUCCACCUCCAUUCAUGAGCUGCUCAAGAGCAAAGGCCUGCCGCCCGGCCUCUUCCCCAAGAGCGUCGUUAAAUCCUACGACCUCGACGACCACGGCCUCCUCCAAGUCUACCUCGAGAGGCCCUGCCUCACCAAGUUUGAAACUAGGGUUUUCUACGACAAGGUCGUCCGAGCUAACCUCAGCUACGGCGGCCUCAUCGGAGUCGAGGGCUUGUCGCAGGAGGAGCUCUUCCUCUGGCUGCCGGUCAAGGAUAUAAUCGUCUACGACCCUAACUCUGGAUUGAUCUUGUUCGACAUUGGUGUUGCUCAUAAACAGAUGUCUCUCUCCCUCUUUGAAGACCCUCCUCUUUGCCAUCGUCAACGUAAGUGGAUGGAUGGGAGUUCCGGAAUAGGGUUAGGGUUUGAAGCUCAGAGAUAAAAGAUUGAAAAUUCUUGAAUCUGAUGAAAUUUUUAGCACAUCUUUUAGAAACUAUAUGUUCUUUUUUGGCUUUUACGUUCUAUCUUUGGCGCCGUUGAGAUUGUUUCUCGAGAAAUUUGGCGUUGCUUUAAUUUUGUUCUAUAAAGAUGUGAAGUUUGUACA